GAGAAAAAGAAGUGAGUAAAAAGUAGCAAAAUACUGACAGGGAACUCUGGGGCUCAGGUACGGUAGCUUUUCCUCCCUGAAUAAACUUGUGGUUUGGUGUAUUACUCAAUGAAUAUAAACAUGCUGUUUGUUGAACAGAAUUUCAGUUGUAUUACUGUCAAACCAUUUCCUCUACAGGAAACAUUCUUAAUUUAUGGAAUAAUAACUUCCUUUUGUUCCUCUAAUAAGAUUCAAAGGCAGAUGAAUGCCACUUAGUUUUCUACCUGUCUUCAGAGAAAUUUAAUUGUGUGAUCGUUAUGGUGAACAUGCAAAGGGCAAUGACUGCUUGCACCAUGUCUGGGUCAGGGGGAGGCCUUCCUGCUGCCUUUUUUGGAGGAAGCACUAGCUCUCUCUUUGUUCAGGGUUGCCCACUGCUUGAUCCAGGAUGGGCUACAUGUUUUAAAAUGGCCUGCAUAUAGGCUGGUCAGUGGCUCUCUCGUGAGAUGGUCGUCAGUGAAGUUCUCUGCCCAACAGAGGCAGAGGAAUUCUCUAAAGCAGUUAAUUUUUUCCUUUCUCUUCAGAACUUUCACAACAGAAUAUGGAGACGAGUGGCCAGUCAUAAAUGGAAGGAGGUUGACUCCUAGAAAGAAGCAGUGGCUAUGGGUGUCCUGAGUGAAAGAAGAGAGUAACUGAUUUCUAGCACUGCCUUGAAUUCUUUUGUUUCUACGUUUUCAGAGCCACAUGGCCCCCAGCAGACCCAGAUCUCUCACAAUGCCAACGGGGGAGCCCCUUAAACACCUGCGUCGCUUAGAGGCUCCCUCAAGUGUGCUGAUCCAGACCCAAAGCUCCGUCAGAUCAAUAGAUUUAAGGGACUCGUUUGUGUAUGAAUGUUUUGAGAUGCCAUUAAAAUUCUUACAAAAACUGAAAGUGAAAUGAGGAAGACCGAUUGAGCAAUCGGCUGGAAGUGCAAGUGCCAGGAAGACCUAUUGUACGUAGGGGCAGAGAUGCAGCAGUGCAGGGAGAAGAAAAUUCAGGAGAAUUCUCCUGAGGGCAAGAGCCAAGCUGGCUGCAGUAGUCAAUGUAGGACAUCAACAAACACAGAUAACAGGAAAUGAUCUGUUCCCUGUGGUCACUUAUUCUAAAGACCCAAACCUUCAAAGUGUAAGGAGUGAAAUGAAUGACUUCGCAGAAGGGAAGCAGUCACUCCUUUCUUCUUGUCCUAAGCGAAGAGAAGAAAUGAAACUGAAGGAGCCUGUCUCCAUCCUUCCCCAGAAGGAAAGCCCCUCUGUCCGAUCCUCCAGAGGUGGGAUUCUGUUGGCCCUGACCUUGCUGCUGGCCUUGGUGUCCUGCUGCCUCACGGUGGUGUCCUUCUGCAGAGUGGCUGCCCUGCAAGCGGAGCUGAGCAGCCUCCGGGUGGAACUGCAGGAGCACCAAGCCGAGCAGCUGCCAGGCUCUCCCCGGGCCGGAGCAGCAGCCCCCAGGGCAGCUGUGCGUGAGGCUGCAGCAGCCCCCUCUGCACUGAAAGGGAUCUUUGCACCACCAGCUUCAGGAAAAAGCAACUUCAGUCAAAGCAUCAGGAAUAAGCGUGCCAUUCAGGGUCCAGAAGAAACAGUCAUUCAAGACUGCUUGCAACUGAUUGCAGACAGUGACAUGCCUACUAUACGAAAAGGAGAUUACACGUACGUUCCUUGGCUUCUCAGCUUUAAAAGAGGAAGAGCCCUAGAAGAAAGAGAAAAUAAAAUCUUGGUCAAGGAAACCGGUUACUUUUUUAUAUAUGGUCAGGUUUUAUACACCGAUAGCACCUUUGCCAUGGGACACCUAAUACUGAGGAAAAAAGUCCAUGUCUUUGGGGACGAGAUGAGUCUGGUGACUUUGUUCCGAUGUAUUCAGAAUAUGCCUGAAACACUACCGAAUAAUUCCUGUUAUUCAGCUGGCAUUGCAAAGCUGGAAGAAGGAGAUGAACUCCAACUUGCUAUCCCCCGCGGAGAUGCUAAAAUAUCACAGGACGGAGAUGCUACUUUUUUUGGUGCAUUGAAACUUCUGUGACCUACUUACACCUUGUUUGUGGCUAAUUUUCUCCCUUUCUAUGUACCACUAGGGAGAAAACAUUUCAUUGGAAAUACCAAAA